AUGGAAAGCAUUAGAACUCUUAUUAAAAUAGCUGAAAAUAACUUUCAGACGAAAGUAUAUGAGCAAGAAAUAUAUUUAGUACAAGUUUAUCAAAGUUUUAUAAAUUACUUUGAAAGUCUAGCUUCUUCAUUUUUUACAGGUCGUGAUACAGAAGUUCAAUGUAGAAUAAUACAAAAUAAUUUCAGCCUAAAUGACAAAGAAAUUAAUAGCUGGGAAGGAAGGGCUUCUUGUUAUAAGAUGACUCCAGAAAGCUUCACUUUUUUUCUGCAUAUUGCUAUGCUUUCCGCUUCAGAAGGUCUUAUUGCAGCAGAGGACCAGAUACAGAAACGUGAUGAAACUCUAUCAGGGGCAUUACAGCAAGAAAUUAGUAGGCAGAAAGAAGCUGAACGAUUAAUGGAGUUAAUACCAGGGUCGUACAAGAAGUCCAAGUCAAAAAAAUUGAAGAAAUCAAAAAAAUCGAAAAAAAAGAUUUCAAAAUUCCAACUCGAUUCCUCACAUCAUUCUGAGUCAGAAGGCUUUGAUAAUGAUGUAAUUACUUUUGAACCUAGAGGGGAAGUUGAUAGUGAUAAUCAAAUGGAUGAUGAUCGAGAUUUGAAUAUAGAUCGGUCGAUUUCUAAGACUAAUGUUGAUCAAAAUCGGACGAUCGCGGAAUUAUCUGGUACACAACCUAAUGUUGAUCAUUCUCUUAUGGAAAUUACUUCGGUCACAAUAACGCUAUUGAUAAUUGAUGUUACACCUCAACCGCAGCAAGUAACACAACAAGAAAUAACAAUGACGAAUUUGACAAAAUCUUCGAAUAAAAAAAAGAAGUCAAAUAAAACUUUAAUUCAAAAUGUAAUUACUGGUCAUACACUUACCGAUGAUGAUGCAUCGCGAGUCAGAGACAUUUUGGUUUAUGACGUUCUGGUAUCCUGGACUCCUGAAGAUAUUCUGAAAGAACUAACUUUAUGGGAGAAAACUAUUUCUUUACAGACGAAGCCACAAAGGAAAUAUCAGACGCUCCAUUUGAAGAUAGAAUUAAGUACCUUUCGGUUAGCCCAGUUUGAAGUUAAUGAUAAUCCAGUACACUGGUCAGAAUAG